AUGGCGUUUCGUGAUGGCGAAUCGUCGGCGGAUUGGAUGGCGCAUCUCGAGCGCACCUUGCGCUCCACGCAGCCUGCCCUUUCCGCUCCCCGCCUUCGUCCUCGUCCCCGUCUCCUGCCACCGUCAGCCGCGCUGCUUUCUCUGCACUCCGCUCGCCCCGCUCUAGCGGCCUCGCAGCAGAGGAAAAACAUUCGGCGCCGCACCUUACACUCGCCUCACUCGCCCACUCCCUCUCCCCUCUUCCCCACUCUCUCCCCUCUCUCCGCUCUUCCGCACCCUAUCCCCUGGAUCCCCUCUCUCUCCUCUCUCCCUUGCAUCCCUCCCUCUCACUCCCUCUCCCACCCUUUCCACCCUUCCGCCUGUCCCCGCCCUCUCAGCCACUCAGUGCCACGGAAUUCUCGCAGCCGGGCCUGCCCUCGUGCACUGGACGCUGGCGCAGCAGCCAGGGAGGAGCGCAGGGGCGGGGAGAAGGAGGAAGAGGGGGAGGGAGACGGAGAGCCGGAGGAGGAGCGGGUGGGAGGAGCAGGGGCAGCAGCAACAAGCCCCUCUGCACCCGCUGCCCCCUCACUCUCACCUGCCGCCCUGAGAACGCCCCCCGGUGCCGGGAGGAUCGCCCCUCUGCUCUCUCGCUCCUCCUCCUUUCCACUCCCACCCACCGCAGCAGCAGCACCAGCAGCAGCAACAGCUGCCACUUACCCAGCAGGCACACCCACAGUUGACUCCCUUGAAGCCCGCUGUCUCACACUGCGCCUGAUUGGCUGCCUCGCUCCGCUGGCUGCUGACGUGGCACACGUGCAGGAGUUGGUGGUGCGGGCGGCGAUGAAAGCAGAGGGACAGCAGGAGGUGAGUGAGGUUGUUGUGUAUCUGGUGGAGAAAACGGGGAAAGGAGGGGGUUGGUUGGGCCUUGCUUGCUCUUCGCUUUUGUGUGUUCUCGCGAUUCCCCUCCCUCACUCGCUGUACCUCGCCCAUCUCACACCUCCUCCUGCUCUCCUUCGUGCUGCCUAUAUAGCCGCCUGUCCUCCCCUCCCUUGUUUCGCGGUUUCCUCCCUUACCUCAACCCGGUCCUUCCCUCUCCACCCCAACCUCCAUGCUGCCAUACUUCACUCCAAGUCCUCGCUUUCACUGCUUCUCCAUCCUUACUUUCCCUUGCAACUGUCUUCCCACCCCAACCUCCACGCAGCUCUCCUUGCGGCCACAUUCCUCUGUGUUGUCUCUGCCCCCUUCAUCCUCAACCCCCCUUCGUUCCCUCCAUUCUACCGCUUCUCACACCUUCCUCUCCCGCAGCAAACCAAGCAGACUGGAGUGAAAAGAAAUGUACUCAUGAGUCAAGCAGAGGCGGAUGAGCACAUGGCGGUGAAGCUGCAGCAGCAGCAACAGUCUGACCGAUUUCCAGCUGCCCAAGCAUCGGUGCAACCAUACUCGGUGCACCCGCAAUCGUUCCACCUCUCCCCGUCUCGACAAGCUCUGCCGCUACUGGCUCUGCAUAUGACUCCUCUAACCACCUCCUCCCUUUUGCCACGUGUCAGCCGCCCAUUGGCCCGGUGGAGGGGGCGUGAGGAGGGGGAGGAGGGGGUGCGGGUGCGAGUGGCAGCAGUGGUGGUGAAGUGCCUGGCGGGGCACGAGGAGAGGGCUGUCAGGCGAGUGGCAUGGCAGGUGAGGAGAGGGAUGGGAGGGGGAGAAGAAGGGUGGAUGGGAGAGGGCAAGCGGGGUGGAUGGGAGGGGAAGAGGGGUGGAGGAGAGGGGGAAGGGGGGGGAUGGGAGGGGGAGAAGGGGGUUGGAUGGGAGGGGGAGAAAGAGGGUGGAUGGGAGGGGGAGACGAGGGAGCAGUUGUGUGAGAAGGUGACUUGGUGGGACGUGAUGACAGCACCAGGAGACGAUUGGUGGGGCAGUUGGGGCGACAAGGGGGACGCAGAGGAGCAGCGUCUGCCUGCUCUCUGCCUUCCCCUGUGCCCCGUGGUCCCCGCUGCUGCGAUCGUGGGUGUGCGCGCUGCAAGCACAGCUCGGCUGAUCACCGGUUCGUUGCACGCGAGUGCCAACCGUUUCUCCUCCUCGUUCGUGCUGGCAGGUCUCGUCACGGCGUCGUGGUAUGCGCCGUCCGAGGCGUCCACCUCGUCGACGGAACCCACGCCGAUCAACGUUGACCUCGUCGCCUCGUCAGAUUCGUCCGUCGCUUCGACGUUUUCCAGCUCCGGCGACUCUGCCGCUGCCGUCGCUAAAUCCGCGAAACCUGCGCCGCCUCUAGUCCAUGCACCUCCCGCUCCCCGCGCCGCUGCUACACGCAUUGCCCCGCGCGCGUGCCGUCGGCCGCUCGUGCUGAGCGCAUACGACGGUGUGCUGGACCCCGAGCUGUUCGAGACAACCGGCGAGUUGGGGCGUGGCGGGUUUGGCACGGUGGUGGCGAUGCGGCGAGUGGAGAGCGGCGAGGUGGUGGCGGUGAAGCGCGUGGAGCGAAAGCAGCUGGUGGCGGCGUCGAACGAGGCGAUGCUUUCGGCGUCGCUGAGCGAGUGCCCGGGCGUGCUGGGCGUGCGCGAGGUGCAUCUGGGCGAGCAGCACGCGUACAUGCUCUCCGAUCUGUGCUCUGGUGGCGACCUCCGCGCCCUCAUGCAGCGACGCAAAGCUGCCGCAAGCAACGGCGCGGGGGACGCGGGGAGAGGCAACGGGAGGCGGUGGUGGGGGAAGGCGAGCGGGGAAGGCGGGCGGGGAGGGGGAAUGGCGGAGGCGGAGGCGCUGGAAGUGGUGAAGCACGUGGGCGACGCCGUGGCGUUCUGCCACGAGCGAGGCGUGGUGCACUGCGACGUCAAGCCCGAUAACAUCCUCCUCGCCACUCCCACGCCCCUCUCCGCGCCCCUCACCGUCCCCCUGCCUUUCUCCGCCGCUGCUGCUCCUGCUGCGCCUGCGCGCGCCCCUCCCGCUGCCCUCGGCCUGUCCGCGCCCGUCUCCUCCGCGCGCACCUCCCCCCGCCUGGCCGCGGGGGCAGUGCGGCUGGCGGACUUUGGGUUGGCGCAGGUGGUGGCGGAGGGGCAGCGCGGGUGCAGCACUCCCGCAGGCACGCCCGGGUACAUGGCGCCUGAGGUCGAGGCCCUCUGCCGCCCUCGCUGCCCGCCCGCCCCGGGCGCCGCCAAGCACGCUAGAAAAGCAGCGGGGGGAGCAGAGGCAGGAAACUCAGAGGCAGCGGGGUAUGGGCGCGCAGCUGACGUGUGGUCGCUGGGGGUGACGCUUUACGAGAUGAUCGCAGGCGAGCGGCCUUACUCAGGGGAGGCGCCUCAGCAGGGCGAGUGGCGGGCGCGUGUGGAGGGCGCUGCGUGGGAGGGCGUGUCGGAGGAGUGCCGCGCGCUGGUGAGCGGCAUGCUGAGAGUGCGCGCGGAGGAGAGGCUCACCAUGGCGCACGUGUGCCACCACCCCGCCAUGAUCCGCGCCCUCGGGGGCAGCGGGGGGAGCAGCAAGGGGAAGAGCAGGAGUGGGAGGUGGUGGUGA